GAGACACGUAUUACACCUCUAUAGCUAAUUUGUUUAAGAUUUUGGCUUUACUAGCUAACAUGAUUGUCUAGAAGAUUUGCGGACGAGUACAGUAGAUUAUAGCUAGUUACACAACCGGCUUGCCCGGAUAUCAAUAUUCAUUCAGUCACUGCAAAACAAAGAUGUCACAGAAGCGUCGUUCCCAGUCUUGGACAGAGUUGAAACAAGCAGGCAACGAAUUCUUUAAAACUGGACAGUAUGGGGAGGCUGCUUCUAUUUACAGCCAGGCUAUCAAAGAAGUGGAGAAGUCAGGAAAGAAGAAUCCAGAGGAUCUUAGUAUCCUGUAUUCUAACCGUGCAGCCAGUUAUCUGAAGGAUGGAAAUUGUUGGGAGUGUGUGAAGGACUGUACAGUAUCUCUUGACCUAGUUCCGUUUGGCAUCAAGCCUCUCCUUCGCCGGGCUGCAGCGUAUGAAGCAUUGGAGAGAUACAGAUUAGCCUAUGUGGACUACAAGACGGCCUUACAGAUCGACUGUAACAUACCUGCAGCCCAUGAUGGUACCAGCAGAAUGACGAAGUGUCUGACAGAGGUGGAUGGACUCUCAUGGCGAGAGAAGCUCCCACUUAUUCCCACUGUUCCGAUGGCCGUCAAAGAAAAAUUGUCUCUGGCAACAAGCCAACAAACAACGCAACACAAUGGCACCAGAGAAAAUAAGAAAUCUGUCCCAGGAGAGGUUUCCAUUAAAAAAGCCCUAACCCUGAAAGAGGAAGGCAAUGCGCAGGUGAAAAAAGGAGAGUACAAGAAAGCCAUAGAGAAAUACACUCAGAGCCUCAAACACAAUUCCUCAGAAAUCACAACCUACACAAAUAGGGCACUUUGCUACCUCUCUGUGAAGAUGUACAAGGAAGCACUGCAAGAUUGUGAAGAGGCCCUGCGACUCGACUCCGCUAAUAUCAAGGCACUGUACAGACGAGCACAGGCACACAAGGAGCUGAAAGACUACAAAGCUUGCAUUGAAGAUCUAAACAGCUUGCUGAAAGUUGAGCCAAAGAACGCAGCCGGACAGAAUUUACUGCUGGAAGUGCAAAAGAAGAAAUGAGCUUGUGAUUCGGAUGGUUGCCUGUGGAUGUGAAGGAGCCUACGCUGACCUGGUGUACAUGCCUGAAGUGCCUGUAUUCACUCACAGAAGCUGGUUUUCCAAUCUAUUUCCUGGCCUGUUUAACUUAAAUCCACUCAAGAUGGAGUAUUGCUUUGACUACUACAGAGGAAGCACAGUCAAUGCAGUUUAUAUUUAGCCUUCAUAUACAUCAUGCAAUCACUGCAUGAAACUGAAAAUAUAGCAUUCAACCAUUGUUUCACAAGGACUAUGCAUUUGUAUGUAUUUCCACUAGCAUAAGAGAUUUUCACGAUCAAAUACUGUUGUAGUUGAAGAUAUAAUUCACCCAAAUUACAAAAUUACAUUGGUUUACUUACAGACUUACUCUGUAAGCAUUCUAUGGACGAGGUAGGACAGCAAUUCAUGCAUUGUUUUUUGUUUACCUGGUCACUAUUUCAAAUGCUAACUUUUUAGCAUUUAUGGCACAAAUCCAAUGCAAGUCAAUUGUACCUAUAUUA